AUGCCUUUCAGAAGCCAUGACUAUACAAGGCGCGUGCAGCCGUGCAGCCUAGCUGCUUUGCACCUAAAAGUAAGUGUGUCCACUUCCAGGCUCGUCCUGGAAUGGGACGAAGACAAUGAUGUGGUACCAGAGCUUGCCUCGUCGAUCUGUGAGUUGGUCGCAAAACAGAGCUCGGUUGUUUGUCAGGGCAUUACAACACAGUUCAAGGAAGAGUUCUUCUAUGUGUUUCGACAACUGGCCGAGAAAAAUCCAUCUGCUAUUUGUGGCCUCUUGCUGGACGAAUGUUCUGAUCCAAGUGACCAGAAUGGAUCCGGUUGGGCAAUCGUGCUUCCUCCGAAACCCCCCAAAGAAUUGAAGGCGAUAAUCGACAAGAAAAGAACGCAGUUUGCCCAUCCCAGAGGACCUGACCAUCGAUACCUUCGAGUCCUUCAGUUGUCAGACGUCCACGUGGACUUCGAUUAUAAGCCAGGAUCAGAAGCCAAAUGUGAUCUGUUCUUAUGCUGUCGAAACACAACAGGUUGGAUAUCCAAACAUUCGUGGUAUGGAGUUCAGCCAUUCUUUAUUAUAGGGAAGCCAAAAAAGCCAGCAGGAUACUGGGGAACCGUUGCCACAUGCGAUAUCCCUUAUCGGAUGUUCAGGAAUAUGCUAGAACAUAUCAAUGCGACAGCUGAGAUCGACUACAUUAUGCUGUCGGGAGAUUUCAUAGAUCACGCUAUUUGGACGUAUUCGAUCGAAGGACAUAAGAAGGCCCUCAGGAAUGUGAGCGCUCUGAUCCGUGAAUUCUUUCCGCUGACUCCAACUUACUGGGCAAUCGGCAACCAUGAAGGAGUGCCUACGAAUAGCUUUGCUCCGCAUUUCGUCGAUAAACGGUUCUGGCCUACUUGGUUGUAUGAGGAAUUCUCAAUUAUGGGCGCUCCUUGGCUUAAUAAUGAAGCUUUGAAGACGAUGCUUUAUCGUGGUUCGUAUUCCGUCAAAGUGACCGAUGGACUGCGUCUUAUCUCUCUCAACACAGGAUUUUGUGAGAACACAAACUUCUUCCUUUACUUGAAUCAGAGUGAUCCAGACGGAACGAUGACAUGGUUUGUUUCUGAGCUUUUCAAGGCCGAACUAACAGGAGAGUCUGUUCACGUGCUAUCGCAUAUUCCUCCUGGUGAUGACGAGUGCUUGGAGGGUUCGCUGAUACCAUCAGAGCACAGUUUUUCGGUCACGUCUCACUUUGAUCAGUUCACCGUAUUCUACGACGAUAUGCACAAUGUUUCGUCUACUCCUAUAGGGGUACUUUAUGUGGCCCCUAGUGUUACGACAUAUACUAACGUGAAUCCUGCUUACCGCAUAUAUGACAUCGAUUUGUCCGAUAAGUUUAAUGUUGCGAACAUUCGAAACUAUUAUGCUGACCUAACUAAGACUAACGAAAAAACGCCACCAAAAUGGACAAUGCUCUAUGCGGCCAAGGUACGUUGGCUACGGGCUUUGAAAUCAUUCUUCUAUUCCUGA